CGCAUGCGGAGCUGAGACAGGUGUUGCUGGGGUUUGCGCAUCGCUCGUGAGAUUGUCUGGCAGGAUGGGAGCAGAGUUUACACCUACGCCAGCCCACCAUAGUUUCCCAUGUAUUCUGCAAUUUUGCUCUUGGAAGCACAGAAUUUAAUUUCUCACGCUGGAGCACAACUGAACGCCACCAUGGUGCACCACUCGGGCUCCAUCCAGUCCUUCAAGCAACAGAAAGGCAUGCACACCAGCAUUAGCGAGAUCCUGAAGGAGAAAAGCCUGAAGCCAUCUCGCCGCAGCCUGCCCUGUCUGGCCCAAAGUCAGACGCAUCCAAUCAACCUCAACCACUUCCUGUCUGUGCCUCUAAGCCCAGAUCCCAAACCAGAGGUGGAAGGUCUGAGUCAAAGCAUCAGCACCUCCUGCAGCCUCCUCCCCCCGCAAACAGCAGAAGAUGUCAAGGAUAACUACGUUGAGGAGAGUGAAGUGAGUACGUGUCAAACAAAAGCAGACCAGUCCUUUUUACUGCAAAAGCCUGUCAGCCGAGCUAAACUAGCGGCUCGUACGGAUUCAAUUCAGGGAAAGAACCCGACUUACUCAUCUGGACUUUUUUUCCGAGACGGUAAAAAGAGAAUCGAUUACAUUCUGGUGUACAAGAAGUCCAGUCCGCAGGUGGAGAAGCGGUGCACAUUUGAGAAGAAUUUACGAGCUGAAGGUCUCAUGCUGGAGAAGGAGCCCUCCUUGACGAACAAUGACAUCAUGUUUGUGAAGGUUCACGCACCCUGGGACACGCUAUGCAAAUAUGCAGAGCAGAUGAACAUUCGAAUGCCUUUCAGAAAAAAAUGCUACUUCACAGAAAGGAAGAGCAAAUCCCUGGGCAGCAGGUUCCAUUUGAGAUUUCGACAGAUAAAGAGCUGGUUUCCCAGAAAUCCUAUGAAGCUGGACAAAGAGGCCUUGCCUGACCUGGAGGAAACUGACUGCUACACUGCCCCUUUUAGCAGGGCACGCAUGCAUCAUUUUACUAUUAACAACAGAGGGACCUUCUUCUCAAACUCCACCAGAAGUAGAGUUGUCCAUCAUGUUCUUCAGCGCACCAAGUACGAAGAUGGAAAAUUAAAGAUGGGUAUCAACCGGCUACUGGGUAACAACACGUACGAGGCUGCAUUUCCUCCACAUGAGGGGGGUUAUAAGAGCAGACACUCUAUUAAGACGCAUGGUGCCCAGAACCACAGACAUCUCCUGUAUGAGCGCUGGGCCCGGUGGGGGAUUUGGUAUAAAUACCAGCCUCUGGACCUCAUCAGGCGCUACUUUGGUGAGAAAAUUGGUCUUUAUUUUGCAUGGCUGGGCUGGUACACUGGCAUGUUAAUCCCUGCCGCCCUGGUCGGCGUCUUUGUCUUCCUUUAUGGACUCUUCACCAUGGACUCGAGCCAAGUCAGUAAAGAGAUUUGUGAAGCCAACGUCACCAUCAUGUGUCCUAUGUGUGAGGAAACCUGUGAGCCUUGGACACUGAGUGAUAGUUGUGUUUACGCGAAGGUGACCCAUCUUUUUGACAAUGGCGGCACUGUGUUCUUUGCCAUCUUCAUGGCCAUUUGGGCCACAGUAUUCCUGGAGUUCUGGAAAAGGAGACGGGCAGAACUGACUUAUGACUGGGAUCUCAUUGACUGGGAAGAGGAGGAGGAGGAGCUCAGACCACAGUUUGAAGCCAAAUACUCCAUUAAAGAGAGAGUUAACCCAAUCUCUGGCAAGCCUGAACCUUUCCAGCCCUUCUCAGACAAACUCAGUCGGCUCAUGGUGUCUGUGUCUGGAAUAUUCUUCAUGAUUUCCCUCGUUCUGACAGCAGUGUUUGCCGUUGUGGUUUUCCGUCUUAUUGCCAUGGAAAAAUUUGCUUCCUUCAACUGGCACUUUGUGAAGAAGAACUGGCAAUUUGCCACGUCUGGCACUGGUGUUUGCAUCAACUUUAUGAUCAUCAUGUCUCUCAAUGUGGUUUAUGAGAAAGUGGCUUAUCUUCUCACUAAUUUAGAGCACCCACGCACAGAGUCUGAGUGGGAGAACAGCUUUGCUCUGAAGAUGUUCCUUUUCCAGUUUGUGAAUCUGAACAGCUCAACGUUUUAUAUCGCUUUCUUUCUUGGAAGGUUUGCUGGCAGGCCUGGAAAAUACAAUAAACUCUUUGAUCGAUGGAGACUGGAGGAGUGUCACCCAAGUGGCUGUUUGAUUGAUCUGUGCCUGCAAAUGGGAGUCAUAAUGUUCUUCAAACAAAUCUGGAAUAAUUUCAUGGAGCUUGGUUAUCCCUUGCUGCAGAACUGGUGGUCUCGUAGGAAAAUGAAGAAAGGAGGAGGUGGGGGGCAGUAUGUGGAGAAUAAAAACCAGCUUCCGCAGUGGGAUAAAGACUGGAAUCUUCAGCCGAUGAACGCCCAUGGACUGGUGGAUGAAUAUCUUGAAAUGGUUCUGCAGUUUGGCUUCACCACCAUCUUUGUAGCAGCGUUCCCACUGGCUCCUCUCCUUGCCCUGCUCAACAACAUCAUUGAGAUUCGCCUUGAUGCCUACAAAUUUGUCACUCAGUGGAGGAGACCCAUGCCAGCCCGAGCAACUGAUAUAGGUAUCUGGCAUGGGAUUCUCGAGGGAAUCGGAGUACUGGCAGUCAUCACCAACGCCUUUGUCAUCGCCAUAACCUCGGACUACAUCCCCCGCUUUGUUUACGCUUUCAAAUAUGGGCCCUGUGUGAACAAGGGACACCACCAUGAGGAUGAGUGUCUGCAAGGAUACGUCAACAGCAGCCUGUCGGUGUUUGACAUGGGGGAGGUAAAGAAUAGCAGCCAGUCCAGGUACUGCAGAUACAGAGACUACAGGGCGCCUCCCUGGAGCUCAGUUCCCUACGAAUUCACUCUGCAGUUCUGGCAUGUCUUGGCUGCCAGGCUGGCUUUCAUCAUCGUCUUUGAGCACCUGGUGUUUGGGAUCAAGUCCUUCAUAGCAUACCUAAUUCCGGACAUGCCAAAAGAUCUCUGUGAUCGCAUGAGGAGGGAAAAGUACCUGAUGCAGGAGAUGAUGUAUGAAGCAGAACUGGAGCAUCUUCAGAAGGAGAGAAAGAAGAAUGGAAAACGUUAUCACCAUGAGUGGCCUUAGUUUUACCUCCUGUGUUUCCACUUCACACCACCCAGCUGACAGUUAAAAACCUCCUUUGCUUAUCUAUGUAUUUCAGCUUUGAGAGUCUGGCUUUGCAGGGCUGAUUCUCUACACCAAAGACAACCUCAAAGAAAUCUUUUCCCAAACCUGUCUGGCUUCAGCCCAAGCCCUGACCCAGAGCUGUCUCUGACCAUCUGCUCCUCGUCCUGCAGUCUGCCCCACCCACCCUAAUCUCUCACCUGGCCCCAUCCAGCAGGUUGCCCUUAGGUUGUUUUGUCAUGGCUACAUUGGGCAAACCUUUGCAAUUGUGAUGUUUACUAUGCAGAUCAAGGGCUGCAGAUCACCACUGUUCUCUCUUGGCACCCGUCCUGCAGUCUCUGUAGUGGCAGCUAGCACUUUGCUUUGACUCUGCAGCGUGGUGCAGCUCGCAGCAUGGCCGCGUCCUGCCCACCAGUAUCAACAGAACCGCCUCUUUGUGACAGAGCUAUAGUGGCACUUAUCCUUUUCUCGUCGCACAGUGAUUCUGGUGAUGUUGCUGCCAAAUAUGACACUGUUCUUGCAAAGUAACUGUAUAUUACUGUUGGAGCAUGCUGAUCGGUGUUUGCAGACUCUUCAUUGACUGCAACGAACAUCUUAGAUAACAGAAAACACCUACUUUAAGGAUGUUCACAUCCAUUCAGUGCAUUUGUCAAAGACCUCUCUCUGAAAACUAUAAAGUGCAUGGUAGUGCUCUUUGUCUUUUCUUUUUUUUUUACCUUGUACCUUUUGACAGACAAUGUCCCUGUCUUAAUGCCUGGUUCACAUGUGGAUGUGUGUUUUCGGUGUGAGCAGUGUGUUAAUCUCUGUGCUACUGCUGACCUUGGCCGUCUUGAAUCGAAGAAAUGUGAACUUAGUGCAAUAUGAUCGUGCCUACAGUGUAAUGAUGCAUACCACAGUCACCGUCAUGAUGCGUGCUCUGUGUGGAGCAGCACAUGCUCUUUUUCGAAUGCAAGAAAUGCUCUUAUUUUGGUUAUGCUCUCAUGUGAUCUGCCAUCAACUCCCUGAACUCUCCAGAAAGGGUUUGUUUUGGAGGCGGGUCACGCCACAGUACUGAUUGGACUCUCAGCAUGUACGGCGCUGAAUACGCUGUAACGCGACCCCUAUCACUAACAAUGUAUACAUCGCAGGAUCCACAAAUCUGCUCUUCCGUUCUGCUGCGUGCAGUCUGUUUUUCAUUUGUUGUUGGAAGCUCCAAAGUGUGGUUGAAACUUGGAUAACUUGGAAAUACCUGUGGCUUGGACAUUAACUGUGCUAAGACUGUCAUCCACUGUUCCUCACUCACUGCACAUGAAAAAUAUUCUCCUUUUAUUUAAACCCAAUCAGACACAGCUCUGGCUUUUUACUCAAACGGGAGCUUGAUCGUUUUUGUCAGAUGCAGCAGAGCAUUCUGAUCUUGCUUUUGUUGUGGCCAUUUGUGAUAUCAUGGAAUGGAACAUCAUGAUUGAUACCAGGGAACUCAGGAAAAAGGCAUCAUGACUGGCAUUCGCCCUGUGAGACUGAAUCAAGAUCAGCAUCUUUUCCCUCAUCACUUACCCUAACAUGGAGAAUUGUGGAGCAUGGGGAGAAAACAGUACUGAUGAGCAAUGAUUUGAAUUGAGAAGUCUGAUUAACUGUUGAUAUCCUAAAACAAGAUUAUUAUCCAAGAUUAUGCAGACUAACUGUUAAGGUACCACCAACAUAACACCUGAAGGUAAAGAAUGCAACAACCCUGAAUGCAUUGCCCAGUAUUUUACUUGACUUGGAUUAGUGUUUUCCUGCUUUUGUAUAUCUUUUUUUUUUUACAUAUCUAAUGUUUAUAAAAUUAUUUUACACUGUUGCUAUACAUUCUUCUCUCUCACCUUUAGAUGAGAUAACAUUCACAUUUCUCAGGUGUCCUCUGAAUGUUUGCAAUGAUCAACUUUUUAUCGUAUUUUCUAAGAUGUAAUCAAAGGUGUCCUGCUUUUUUAGACACAUAUUUUUGCACUGCAAUGUUUUUGCAUGACUAUUAUGCACACCCAGUAAAAAGCACGUUGGACUUUAUUAUUUAUUGAGUUAUUUCCAUUAUAGCACGUAUUGUACUAGAGCAUCCCCGAAAUCAGGCUAAACACUCAUACUGUGCACUCCAUCCUGGAAACCUGCUGUAAGAUGCAAAAACUAGUGGCUCCGUUUAGGUCACAUUCAGUCCAAUGACUCCUUGUUCCAUUCACAGAGAAAGACUUCCUUUCAGAUACUAUUCCAUAGGUUUUUGGACCAUGUUCCCUGCUAUGUGAAAACGUAAGAUCUAUGCAUGUUGUUAUCCUUGAGUGCUAGUUAUUUUUGAACAGAUACAGAUGUAAACGUUCUUGUACAUUUGUAGUGUAAAGUAUGCAUGUCUUAACUCCUGCUUUGAGCAGAGCUAACUUCUGUAAUGU